GUAGGCGGUGGAGCAAGCAGGACGGUGGAGCCCUAGGACUGGUCAGCUCUGGUCGACUCGCUAAGAGGGUUAUUCUGAUAUGUAACGCGGUAUGGAGCCCUGUGCAGAACCCAACCGGCGAUGGUUGUGAGAUGGUCUAUCCAGUGCCUGGGAGCCAGGGGCGGGCCUUGCACGCAGGCGUUGUAAACUAACGGGGCAGGCGCAGUGCGCACGGUGGUGGCGGCAGCGGCGACAGCAGAAGCACCUGCAGGGUUCCAGGUCUGCACCACCCUGCCAUUUCCACUGCCUGAGGCUGACAGGAAGGACCUCCAUGGUUUCAGUCCCUCCUGCCCACGGUCCCUGACACCACCCCGCCCUACACACAUACUCUCGUUUAAGCCUUCUAAGGUAGGUCUACAGUGCAGGUGUCCUGGGAUCCUAGGGAGAGGCGAGAUCUGGGUGGACAGUCUGUGAAAGAACAGAGGCUGGCUGGUUAUUCCUGCUGCCUGUCCCCAGCAGUUUCCAGAAGCUGGCUCAGGACUCCUCAGCCGUCUGCCAUGUCCCCGGGACUUCCCAGCACUGCCCGCCUGGCACGCUUCUGCCAGAAACUGAACCGUCUGAAGCCACUGGAAGAGUCUAGCAUGGAGACGUCACUGCGACGCUGCCUGUCCACACUGGACUUGACCCUACUGGGUGUGGGUGGCAUGGUGGGGUCUGGGCUCUAUGUGCUCACAGGCACAGUGGCCAAGGACAUGGCUGGCCCUGCUGUGCUCUUGUCCUUUUUGGUGGCUGCAGUAGCCUCCUUGCUGGCAGCACUAUGCUAUGCAGAAUUUGGAGCCCGUGUGCCCCGUACUGGCUCUGCAUACUUGUUCACCUACGUGUCCAUGGGUGAAAUAUGGGCAUUCCUCAUAGGCUGGAAUGUGCUUCUGGAAUACCUCAUUGGAGGUGCUGCUGUGGCCCGGGCCUGGAGUGGCUAUUUGGAUGCCAUCUUUAACCACAGCAUUCGUAACUUCACAGAGUCCCACAUGGGUGUCUGGCAGAUGCCCUUCCUGGCCCGUUAUCCAGAUUUUCUGGCUGCUGGCAUUUUACUUGUGGCUUCUGCCUUUGUCUCCUGUGGAGCCCGAGUCUCCUCCUGGCUUAACCACACAUUCUCAGCCAUCAGUAUGAUUGUCAUCCUCUUCAUCAUCGUUCUGGGUUUCAUCCUGGCCCGCCCUCACAACUGGAGCCUAGAAGAGGGUGGUUUUGCACCCUACGGCUUCUCUGGCAUCCUGGCAGGCACGGCCACCUGUUUCUAUGCCUUUGUGGGUUUUGAUGUUAUUGCUGCCUCCAGUGAGGAGGCCAAAAACCCUCGGUGGGCUGUGCCCAUGGCCAUCGCCAUCUCCCUUGGCCUGGCAGCUGGUGCCUACAUUCUGGUCUCCACUGUGUUGACCCUCAUGGUACCUUGGCACAGUCUGGAUCCUGACUCAGCACUCGCUGAUGCCUUCUACAGGCGGGGCUACAGCUGGGCUGGCUUCAUUGUGGCGGUUGGCUCCAUCUGUGCCAUGAAUACGGUCCUGCUCAGCAACCUCUUCUCCCUGCCUCGCAUUGUCUAUGCCAUGGCCGCCGACGGGCUCUUCUUCCAGGUGUUUGCCCGUGUACAUCCCCGGACACAGGUGCCUGUAGUAGGAAUCCUGGUGUUUGGGGUCCUCAUGGCUCUCCUGGCACUGCUGAUGGACCUUGAGGCAUUGGUCCAGUUUCUAUCCAUCGGUACCCUGCUGGCCUAUACCUUUGUAGCCACUAGCAUCAUUGUGCUGCGUUUCCAGAAAGCUGCUCCACCCGGCUCCCUGUGCCUAGCCAGCCCUGGUCCUACAACUAAGAAGUAUGACUCCUUCUCGGACCACAUACAGCUAGUAGGUGCAGAACAGACCUCGAUGUCUGAGACUGGGCAGCUGCGACCAGCCCUGAAGCCUUUCCUGGGCUUCCUGAAUGGAUGCAGCCCUGGAACUGCUGUGGCCUGGGCGCUUGGCAUCUUGGUAGCCUCAGCUAUCUUCCUGGCAUGUGUGCUGGUCUUCGGAAACUCAGACCUGCACCUCCCACGGUGGGGCUAUGUCCUGCUGCUGGCCAUCAGUGGUUCUGUCUUUCUGUUCAGCCUUCUGGUCCUGGGGGCUCACCAGCAGCAAAAGAAGCAAGACACUUUUCAGAUCCCUUUGGUGCCCCUGACUCCAGCCCUCAGCAUCCUUCUCAACAUUUGCCUCAUGCUGAAGCUGAGCUACCUGACCUGGUUGCGCUUUAUCUUUUGGCUGCUGGUUGGACUCGUCGUGUAUUUUGGCUAUGGCAUCUGGCACAGCAAAGAGAACCAGAGGGAGCCACUGGAGCUGACGACCGCACACUACGUGGUGUUCCCCAGUGGCAGCCUGGAGGAAACAGUGCAAGCUGUGCAGCCUGCUAGCCAGGCCCCAGGCCAGGAGGCAGGCUGCACAGAGUAGCUGGCCAGCCUGUAAGGCUGCCUCAGAGAGGGCCCCACAUUGCCCACAUCCGGAGGCCAGAAUUGGCAGCUGUCUGCCCAAGGAAGACUGGGCCGGGAGUGUUGUCAGUUCCUAGGAACUGAUAACGGGAUAGGCCUUGGCCAGUGCUGGUGUAUACUCACUGCCCAGUGCUUUCCUGUUUAUGAUCAACUCUGGAUACCUAGGCAGGUGGAGCAGAGUGGGCAGGUGGGGCAGAGGGGGCAGGUGGG